UCUCUUCCCCUUUGCGCUCUCUCUCUCAUCACUGAUUGUUUUCCGACUCUGCACCAAAACCAUCACUUGAUGGGUAUCGCUGAAGCUCUAAUGUUCAUUCAAAACCCAGAUAUUUUCGACCUUAUACUAUCAAACUUCCACUAUAUGAUCCGUUCUCAGUAUUUCAUUCCUGCUUCAAUCAAAUCUCCCUUUCACCUCAUGUGUUAGGCCAAUUUUUUUCCCCACUCCAACCACAAGUGCGUAAAACCUCCUACCACAUGGGAUUGGCUCCAAUCCACAACACUCAAAAAGAUCGAAUUUUCACACACCAAUUACUAAAAGAUCGAAUUUUGGGCCAACAAUUACUGCUCCUGCUAUGGAACCACACCUGGGUCAGCUUGAAUUAUCCUUCACCAAUCGAUACUCCAUCUGGGUCCGGGAAACGCUCAACGAAUUACCCGACAGCUUCACGAUAACCGACCCAUCAAUCUCGGGUCACCCGAUUGUGUUUGCCUCUAAUGGGUUCUUGAAAAUGUCUGGUUAUGAGAUGGGAGAAGUGGUGGGGAAGAACGGGAGAGUGUUUCAAGGGCCAAAGACUGAUAGGAGAUCGGUGUUGGAGAUUCGGGAGGCGAUUAGGCAAGAGAAGAGCUUGCAAGUUAGUAUAGUGAAUUAUAGGAGGGAUGGGAGGCCUUUCUGGAUGUUGUUUUGUAUGCGUCCUGUGUUUGGGAAAGAGGAUGGAAGGGUGGUUCACUUUGUUGGUGUUCAGGUGCCGAUUAUGCGAAAACGGAGGCAAUCUGGAGGACGCAAUGGGGGUGGUUUUUGUGAAGAUGGUUUGGGGUUUAGAGAAACAAUGAUUGGUUCUUGUAGGAGGGAGGUGUGCUUGGAUUCUGUUGUGGAAUUGAGUCGUGUUUUGGCGUUAGAUUCGGAUGGUAGAGAGUUAGAAGUUGAAGAGCACUGUGAGGCUAGUGAUCUAGAAAAGACAAAGGCCGCAUCUGCCAUGAACAACAUCUUGUCUGUGCUAACCCACUAUAGCGAGUUAACACGCAGGCUAGUGUGUGGGAAGAGAUGCUGCUUAGCUGGGAUGGGCCCUCUUGGUUCAUCGUUAAUUUUAUCUCUUGGUAGAAUCAAGCAAAGCUUUGUAUUAUCCGAUCCACACUUACCUGACAUGCCUAUUGUGUAUGUGAGCGAUGCCUUCCUGAAACUAACAGGAUAUGCUAUACAUGAAGUUCUGGGCCGAAAUUGCAGGUUUUUAGGUGGCGUGGAUACGGAUUCAUCAACCAUAUUUAAGAUAAAGGAAAGUAUUCAAACUGAGCAAGCAUGCACAGUACGUAUCUUAAAUUACAGGAAGGACAAAAGUUCAUUUUGGAACGUACUUCACAUCUCACCUGUUCGCAAUGCUUCUGGCAAGAUAGCUUAUUACGUGGGGGUUCAAAUUGAUGAAGGUUGCAAGAACCACGAUAAAAAUGGGCUGAGCCCUGAGAUGAGGCAACAUAGCGCUGUGGGUGCAGUAAAGGUUGCAGUGAGGAGUUUGUCAAUGGUUGCUGGUACCUCUGAGUCUUAGCAACAACAACUCGUGCAUUAAAGAAUUUCCUAGCGCUGUAUCUGAUUUUUCAUUCUCCGGUUUUCUGCAUUUUAUUUGUACUGUAAACUAGAAGUAGGUUGGACAAGGAACUUAUAUAGAAUAAAAGGGUUACUAAAUAGUAACAGGCUUGUAGAUAAAAGAGUAACUUCUUUCAAUUGCAGAGAAGUUGUCAUGGUUCUUGUGUUAUAAGUUGAUCAUUUUAUUGAUGAUCGUGUCGUGUAAUUGCCUGAAUUGAAUGAAACAAACGAUUUUUACGAUA